AUGUAUCCUUACGGAAAUCAGCAGUACCCUUACAACGGGAUUCAGUCGGGCCAGCUGGGCCAACCAGGUCAGCAGGCCCAACAGGCUCAACAACCUCCUCAGGCUCCUCAGGCGCAGCAGGGUCCGCAGCCUCAAUUGUAUCAGGGUCAAACUCAACAACAGUAUAUGGGCCAAAACCAGCAACAGCAGCAGCAAUUUCCUCCACAGACCACAGGAUACGGCUUCAGUCCGCAGUCGGUGGCCUCAUCAAUGCAGCCCCAGACUACCGGGUGGACACCUCAGCCUCAAGCCUCGACUCAGCCACAAAUAGCCAGUCAGGCCACAGGGUGGAAUUCGGCUCCUACGGGUUUUCAGCCACAAACGUCGUUUGGUCAGACUCUCCAGGCACAGGUAACCGGCUGGCAAGGUCAGCAGCCUCAGCCUCAGCCUCAGCAGCCUCAGCAGCCUCAGCAAACUCAGCAAACUCAGCCGAAUGCACAGCAACAAACUCAACAGUUUGCACAGCCACAGAUGCUACCAAGCCAGAUUCCCCUUUUGGCACAGCCAACGGGAGCCUUUAUGUCGUCAAUCAAGUCGUUUGGCAGUGAGAACGCAGAUCUUAAGAUUCCAAGCAUUCGUCUAUCGUUCAUCGGCGCCAGAGAUCAGCAGCGAUUUGAGCAGAUCUUUCGUCGUAACGUCAGACCCGGAGAGCGGUCUAUUGACGCGUCGGCGGCCAGGCAGGUUCUUCUCAAAUCCAACUUGAGUGCUUCACAGCUAGCGCAGAUAUGGGCUUUGGCUGACACUAACAAAUCUGGUCAGCUACUCUUUCCGGAGUUUGCCUUGGCACUCAGCUUGUGCAACAACGCUAUUCACGGCGAGCCUGUUCCCCAGUUUUUGCCCGAGAAGAUGCAGAAUGAGGUGACCAGUUUCGUGGACGUGAUAAAUUUCAACGUCGCAGACGGAGCUACCACCGGGGGUACUUCUCGCCGCCCUUCAGGUAUACCGGGCGCGUCAGGCUCACUAGACGCACUUCCGGCUACUUCGUUCAUCUCGCAACCAACAGGAGGAUAUCUGCCAGUUUCCUCUCAGCAGGCUGCUAACCUCAUUCCAGUGCAAACAGGAAGUAACUUGACCUCUCAGGCUACUGGCUUUGCAUCUGGUUACGUUGGCUUGGGAGCACCGCCACAAACAUCUUUUGUGGCACAGCCUACAGGAGGUGCUUUCAUGAGACCACAGGCCACGGGUUUGAUGCCCCAACCAACGGGUCUAAUGGCUCAACCUACGGGUUUAACAGCUAUGCCUACUGGAAAACCGGGUCAAUGGGGAUUCGUGUCGAUGCCUACUGGUGGGUUACCUGGUUUGGACGCCAUGAGAAAUCAGUUUUUGCCCAACGCGCCACAAAUGCCAAACUUAGCAAGUACCAUGGGCGGCACACAGGCUUCUAACGUCACCUGGGCCAUCACCAAACAGGAGAAGCUGAUCUACGACAGUGUCUUUAAGAAAUGGGACACCAACCACAAUGGCUACGUUAGUGGCGAAGUCGCAAUUUCCGUUUUCGGAAAGUCCGGUUUGAGUCGAAGUGACCUGGAGCAGAUUUGGAACUUGGCCGAUAUUGGCAACAAAGGAAAGUUGGAUAAGGACGAGUUCUCUGUAGCUAUGCACCUUAUUUACAGGCGACUCAACGGCUUUGAAAUUCCUGUUCAGCUUCCUCCGGAGUUAGUUCCUCCGUCUUCCAAGCUUCUUCAGCAGACUAUGAGUGACAUGAAGGGCCAGUUGAAAAAUGGAAAUGCUGCAGAAUCAUCCAGAAGGAGAUCAAGUGCUUCUUCGCUGCGGUCUGCUGCCAGUUUCAAGAACGACGACAACGAUAUCGAAUACGUCAGUCGUGCACGGCAUAGGGCAAGACGCGAGUCACCUGAGUCUAAUUACGAUGACGGGCAUGCAGUCGAGAACCACGUGACAUUGACAAUUGAAUCUCUCAAGAAGCAGAUCCAUGAAAAGCGAAUUCUUCUUGCUGCUGUUGAUGCUGAAGACGAUGGUGAUAAUGAGGAGAACUCUGAGGAGGCUCUUUGUGAGAAAACAGAGAUCAGCUUACUCAAAACGAAGAUUAAGGCUGCACAAGCCAAACUUAACGAGGCCGGAAGUGGAGACGCAGCGGCGUCCAUAGAUGAACGUCACAGACUCACUAGAAGGCUUCACGAGUAUUCCGACAGUGUUUCACAGCUUGUCUCGCAGAUUGAUGAUGUUGCAGAGCAACUUAAAACCGCCAAAAUAGAGAAAUAUGGCUUGGAAUUGCAGAGAACAAAUCCUAGCGGUAUUAAUAUCCACGGCAGUGGACCAGACGGGAGAUUGACUGCGAUGGAUCGUCGCUUAGCCAAGCAGAAAGCUAUUCUACAGACGAAAAUGGCCAAGUUGACUGGAAAACCGGCCCCAGAUUUGUCAGCCUUCGAGAUGAACGAGGAAAAACUGAGCUCCGAGGUGGACAAGGUUACAGAAGAGACCAGACAGAAGGAGGAGACGGUUAAUGAGAUCGCUUCUUCUAUCGGUGAGAUGAUUAAGGAGAUUGAGAAAACUGUCUCCAUGUCCAGUUCCAUGGAAAUCGGCUACAGUAAAUGGGAAAAGAAAGAAGGAGUUGAAAGUGGCGAAGUUCGUGAGUUCAUCGAGUUUUUAAACUCUACCAGACCGGCCCAUGAUACCAAAAUAGUGGGAGCAGAUAGUAGUAAGGUAGAAAGAAGUGAAGGAAAUGUCACAUCGCAACAGUCGAUCAACGCGACUGGCUCUUCUUUAGAGUCAACGGGAUCGAAGGGAUCGACCUCAUCGAUCUCGUCAGCUGCAUCGAAAUUACUCCGGCCUGGACAACGUGUGGUGAGGGGCGUUUUGUCGGCCGAGGAGAGGGCACGGACGAUCAAGGAGAAGGCUGAACGUCGGAUGAACGAGCGCUUAGAGAAACUGGGAAUUAGACGAAGGACUCAGCCAAAGAAGGUGGAGGCUGAGUCUCAACCUGAACUUCGUACAGAGCAGGUUGCUCCGACACGUACGGAACCUCAGCCACAAUCAAUUGCUGUUCCUGCUGCAGAACCACCUAUGCCAUCUGCAGAGGACUUGUCAUCCUCGGAGUCAGAAGACGAGGAAAUCCAGCAGCUUCUGGCUCAGAAAAAAGCCCUAGAAGAGAAGCGGCGGAAAAAGAAAGAGCAUAGAGAGCAACGGAUUGCCCAGCUUAAGGCUGAAAUGGCAGCCUUGAGAAUGGAAGAUGGGGAGGACGGUGAAGGCACACAUAGCGGUGGGGUGGCCUCUAACGGAACUCCCGCUACUGGAGAUGUUCCCUCACCACGAGCAAUCACCGAGGAGGCGUCACCCGUGCCAGCUGCACCACUCCAUGACGCAAAUACCAAUCCAUUCGCUUCGAUGGUUCAAGCGGAAAGAGUAGAGCCCAAGGCUUUAGAGGAUGCGCCUGUCAUAUCAGUCGAAAAUGCGACUUCCACAACACCUGCGGUUCGAAACAACAACCCUUUCUUCAAGCCGGAUCACCACGAACCCGAAAUUGACGUGCACAAACUGAAGGUACAGCGUGACGCUCAGAGAGGACUGGGAGGAGACGGAUGGUCUGACGACGAGAAUGCCGAUGCAAAUGCAGAAGAUUCCGAUAGUGAGAUACCAAAUGCGUCUAAGCAGGCCGCUUUGGCUACGUUGUUAUUUGGCGGCGGUAGUCAUCGCACUACUCCCUCACCUUCCAUCGAGAAGAUAACACCUGCCUCAGGCGACAUAGUUGAGUCUGCCGACGAGUCCGUGGACGAGUGGGAGGAUGCCAAAGAGGCGGAACAGACCUCAAGGCCAAUGCCGGAGGCCCGUGAGGAGUCUGAGACCUCGGUUUUCCCGGCGCCUCCGAUUGCCGCGGUCCCUCCGAUUCCCUCAGCACCUCCGAUUCCCUCAGCACCUCCAAUUCCCUCGGCACCUGCAACAUCCGUGGCUCCCCCUGCCUCGGUAGUUCCAGCUGCCCCACCGGCUCUCAUGGAAGGCCCACCAGGGGCCCCUGCAGCUCCGCCGCCUCCUCCUCCUCCGCCACCGCCGGGAAACCCAGGUAGUGCCCCCGGUAGCGAACCUGCACCGGUCUCAUCUAACCUCCUAGGUCUCCUUUGGGGCGAAAUCAACCAAGGAAAAGCGCUCAAGAAGGUCGAUAAGAGCCAACAACAUAUUGCCACAGGUGCAACCGUUGGAAAAGUCAUCUCAGAGGUGAAUUAA